AGAGAUUCCUGUUAUACACAUAGCAAUUUAAGAAUCAUUUCUUCUAUCAGAGCAGCACUGAAAAUUGUAACUCUAUAGAGGUACUGAGCUGCCAAAGAAUAUAAUGUGCUGUUUUGAUUGCAAAAAUGUUGAACCUAUACUUUGGAAGCAUACCCAUUUCCCAUGAAUACUACAAUAGUUUGAAGUCCCAUAGUUGGAAAAAAUGUCCUACUGUCAUGAAUCUCAACUGGAAGACUAUUUAGAAGUAUAAUUCUAAUCUACAACUGGGAAUCUGCCAAACAUUCUGAAAGAAAGAAUGUUCAAGAGAGACCCUAAAACAGAAAUAUUACCAGAAUAAUGGUAGUCCUUGACUUACAACCCAAACUUUCCAUUGCUAAGCGAGGCAACUGUUAGAUUCUCUUAAAAUCUCAGCCGGAGCAAAGUCUUUUAUCUGCGGCUAUUCUGGUGUUAAAAGAUAUUGCACAGGCAUCUUGUGAUUUCCUAUUCUGCCUAAAUUGUUCAGGUUCAUCUCACUUUAUUUUGAAAUGACUCUUGUCUGUUUGUCAGAUUUUGAAGCAUAUGCUAAAAAGCAUCUUCCCAAACCUAUCUGGGAUUAUUUUGCAGCAGGUGCUGAUGAAUGUUAUACCCGGGAUGACAAUCUCAUGGCAUAUAAAAGAAUCUAUUUGCGGCCACGUGUGCUGCGAGAUAUGUCAGCAAUAAAUCCAAGGACCACAAUUCUUGGCUCUGAAAUUGACUUCCCCGUGGGGAUUGCUCCCUCUGGCUUCCACGGUUUGGCCUGUCCUGAUGGAGAGCAGAGCACAGCUCGAGCGGCAGAAGCUAUGAAUACCUGCUACAUAGCCAGCACUUAUUCCACUUUCUCUGUGGAAGAAAUUGUUGCUGCUGCACCUACUGGUUUACGGUGGUUCCAACUCUACCUCCAUCGGAACAGGAGGUUCUCACAGCAGCUGGUACAACGGGUUAAUGCAUUGGGAUUCCAGGCCCUGGUGCUCACAGUUGACGUGCCCUACACUGGCAAGAGGCGGAAUGACAUUCGCAACAAUUACCAGUUCUUGAAAUCCAUUCAAGUGAAGAACUUUAAAGGAGCUUUUGAGGAUGAAGACCAGACUGAAUAUGGUCUGCCCCCUGGAUCCAUAGACCCAUCUAUCAAUUGGAAUGACAUCACCUGGCUACAAAGUCUGACCCAGCUGCCAAUCAUCAUCAAGGGGAUUCUGACAAAGGAAGAUGCUGAGCUAGCUGUGAGACAUGGGGUCCAAGGGAUUAUCGUAUCCAACCACGGAGGAAGACAGCUAGAUGGGGUCCUUCCUACUAUUGCUGCUCUGGUUGAAGUUACUACUGCAGUGCAAGGCAAAAUCGAAGUUUACUUGGAUGGUGGAAUCCGAACAGGGAAUGAUGUGUUGAAAGCAUUGGCACUUGGAGCAAAAUGUGUCUUCAUCGGCAGACCCACAAUGUGGGGUUUGGCCUAUAAGGGUAAAGAAGGACUUCAAGAACUUUUGAAGAUUUUAAAAGAUGAAUUUUGUCUGUCAAUGGCUCUCACAGGCUGUAAAAAUGUCGCAGAAAUUGGCCGGCAUCUUGUUCAAUAUUCCAAAUUGUAAAGAACUCUCCUGCAACACUCACUGGACCAGAAAUAGUAUGGUAGCUAAAGAAAAGAAAAGAAAAACUCUGGAUGAUUAAAAACAAGGGAGAGAGCUUGGCCAUCAACCACAUGUCAAAAAGUUUGUCUGAUGAAAUUUUUGCAGUGCCCUGAAAUGAAUGGGACUUAUAGCUGGCCUAUAUUGAACUAUGAAUAACUGGGAGCCCCAUUCUUUUGCAUGCCUGUCUUCAUGAUACCCAGCUAGGAAACAUUCCUUAAAAACUUUCAAUUUUACUACAUUCUCCUCCCUGGAUUAAGUGUGUGAAAUGCCAUACUAUCCAAUGACUUAUGUGGUUUACUUUGAAUAAUACAAUAAAACAAAAUCAUGGCAUCACUUACUUGGAAUGGCAAUAUUAGGCCACGGAGUCCAAGUACAGUUCAGUGAUGAAAUCUUAAUUAAAACAUCCCUGGCAGGUUUCUAUCCAACAUCUGUUUGAAUACGUUCAACAAAAGGGAAGCAACCAACUUGCUAGAUCAGUGGUAGUCAACCUGGUCCCUACUGCCCACUAGUGGGCGUUUCAGCUUUCAUGGUGGGCGGUAGGGGUUUUGCCCGAUACUGAAGCACUUUCCUUUUUUUUAAUUUAAUUGACUUUUUAAAAAAAAUUCAUAGAAUUAUUUAAAAAUAUUUUCAUUAGGUUUUCAUAAAAUUCCCUGUGACCAUUUAAAUUUCUGAAAAUAUACUAUUUAUAUCACUCACGCAUAAGUUUAGUUCACAUUAGGCAAGUAAAACUAAAUGGCGCUAUAGUGCGACCGCAGACAAAAGAGCCUCGUCCCAGAAUAGCUCGUGCAUCUCCCCACAUACCACCCAGCUGUAACAGACAAGCAGAGCUGGUAGCCGGUGUCCCCCCCCCCAAACCCAAUCCACGAUGUGUGAGAGGCAUGUGCAGACGAUACAUGACGCAUUACUGUGGAACUGGUCGGCGGUUAGAAAAUUUUACUACUAACAGAGAUACAAAAGUGGGCGGUAGGUAUAAAAAGGUUGACUACCCCUGUGCUAGAUUAAAUAUUAUUUUCAUUAGACUUCUUUUUCCUUACUAGAACCUGUCUUUGCAAGUCUGAAGUGCUCCCAGAGAAUCAAUCACUCCAUUAAUCAGAACUCACCAUUCCUGAUCAAUAGAUGAUCCAGAAAUGCAUCAGCCAAUCUCUAUUCAUCUUCCAGUUAGAAAGGAAAACUACCUGCCCCCCCUCCCCCCAUGACCGUAAAAACAUUUGCUGAUGAGGGAAGAAGCUCUCAGUUUAACUAGAGUGACAUCAAUAUGGGAACAGGAAGCCAGACCCGUGUGAUGAUAAAAGCCCAGUAAUGGCUUCAUACAAUUACCAGGGAAUACAACUCAUUUUUUUUUGGCUUUGCACAAAUCCAUCUGUAAUGAUAGAGAAUCUAGGCUUCAUCUAUGUGAUACCUAUUCAGAUAUUUGAAGAGCACUCUUAUAGGGUAUCUCCCUUUCAAUAAGGUCUUCUCAAAAUUUAGCAUGCUUAGCAAUGUUCAUUGUUCUUCAUAGGGCUUUAUCUCUGGGUUCAUGAAUAGAAACUAAGUUGUUGCCCUUUCUCUAAUCUAAUCUAAUAAUGUGUUGUUCUCCAGAAUUCUUGUUGUUGUUGUUAUUAGUUGCGAAGUCAUGUCUGACUCAUCGCGACCCCAUGGACAACAUUCCUCCAGGCCUUCCUAUCCUCUACUAUCCUCUGGAGUCCGUUUAAACUCACGCCAACUGCUUCAGUGACUCCAUCCAGCCACCUUGUUCUCUGUCGUCCCGUUCUUCUUUUGUCAGAAUUCUUAAAGGGAGCCAAAUACCAGAUAUCAAAAGUGAACAUACUGUAUUUGAAAGGAUGCCUGAUCAAUCCAAAAUAAAAUAGAAUAGUCCCGUUGUUUAUAAAUUAUACUGUAUAGAACUGUGUUUAUAUAAUCGAAAAUUUUGCUUGUCUGCCCACCAAGCAGUUCAUUCUUAUCUAUAUUCUAAAUAGCCACAGCCCCCUGUGUCUAAAGAGAAUCUAAUCAAUCACUCAUUAUUAUUCAAAUAAAAGAAAUUAAAUCAGCACAUCAUGUGCAUAUUUUUAAAAUCCAUGUACUGAGCAUAAGCCUUAUAACUGUGGCUAGGAUUUGCUCAUUGUGAUUUUUUACCUAUAAAAUGGGUGGGUAAACUGUAGGUAAGCUUUGCCAGAAUAUCUUGUCAAAAUUUAAUAGUAAAGCUACCUAAUUUCAAUGGAGUGAUUUUUCAUUUUUGAAACUAUUGUAAAGUAUUAUAUUCUUUUCCAACAGUCCAACUCAGGGGAAAAUAUCAUAUCACAAACUCUGCAGCCUGAAACUCCUAAAUAAAAAAAAAUGCACUCCCUAACCACAAAGAGAUUGUUUAACCCUGCAGCAAAAUGUGCCUCUUAUUUUUACUGCUGUGGUUUAAAGGAGGCUGCUCAGAAAAAUGACUUCACAAAGUCACACAAUGCUAAAUUUUUGCUUGAAAUCUUGAAUUCAUUGAAGUAUAUAUUACUGUCACAAACUGCUUUGGCUGUCAUUUUGGGUAGCAAGAAGUCUAGUGUCCCUUGGCAUUCGUAGAUCCAGUUGUAAGCCAGCCUUUCAGUCUGAGGAGGAAUAAAAUUUCUGAGAUGUUGCCCCAGAACUGAACCUUCCAGAAGUCAGGUGUGUAAUACAAGUCUUCCUUAAGCUCCAGGAAUGGGAUCGCACAAAACAGAUUGGCCCUAUGCUGCAGCCAGUUUCCUA